AGACGCAAACACAGUACAGAGAGAGAGAAACAAAAAAAAAAAAAAAAAGGGAAGAAAAUCCAUUUCACUCUGUUCCUUUCCCUUUCUCUCUCUUCUUUCUCUCUCCUCCUCUCCGCGUCUCUUUCUGAGCUUGAUUGAAGAAGAUAAGUUCUAUCUCUCUCUCUCUCUAUCGACAAUGCCAGCGAGCGAGACAGAAUUCGAUCUCAGACCUUCUUCUCAGUCGGCCUUCGGAAUGGGAGAGUACGCAUUUGCCGAUGUCGGAAACUUGGAGCACUGCGUCAAGUAUUUGAAUCAGACGCUUGUCACGUUUGGUUUUCAGGCUUCGCUCGAUCUCUUUGGGAGUGAUCCAGUCUCAAUCGCCCGUACUUGCAAUUGUAUAUAUGCGUUAAUUCAGCAGAGACAGCGUGACGUUGAAUUCCGGGAAUCCGCUAAUGAACAGAGACAACGGUUGCUGUCGGACAUUACAAGAUUAGAGGCUAAAGUUGAGAGGCUUGAAGGGCAAUUACAAGCUAAAGAUAGGGAGAUAGCCACUAUGACCAGAACGGAAGCCAAAGCUACAGCAGCCUUUAAGGCCCAAAUUGAAAAGCUGCAGCAGGAGAGAGAUGAGUUUCAAAGAAUGGUCAUUGGUAAUCAGCAAGUAAGGACUCAACAAAUACACGAGAUGAAGAAAAAAGAAAAGGAGUACGUAAAGUUGCAGGAGAGGCUAAACCAAGUAUUAAUGGAGAAAAAGAAGGAAUCUAGAUCAGGCAUGGAGAUAAUGAAUUUGCUUCAGAAAGAAGGGCGGCAGCGUGGAACAUGGAAUGGGAAGAAGGCUGACAAUGAUUUCUAUAAGAAAAUUGUGGAUGCUUAUGAGGCAAAAAAUCAAGAACUAAUGCAAGAGAAUGCUGAUUUAAAGGCAUUAUUACGCUCAAUGCAGGUCGAUAUGCGUGAUUUCAUAAAUGCUCCGAAUGGGUUGUCUAAGCAGUCUCUGGCUGUCAAUGAAGGAGUUGAGACAGAUCUUGCACGGUCUCCAUUUGGUGGGAAGACGGAUGUCUUUGACAUGCCUUUUCACAUGGCUAGAGAUCAAAUAGAAGAAAGUCUCCGAACUAAGAUGGCUUCCAUAAAGGAGCGCAUGGUUCAGUUGCAAGAUGCACAGAAAGGAGCAGAAGUUACUUCUGAAGCAACUGAGAGGGAGCUUGAGCUUGAAGCUCAGCUGGUUGAGGCAAGGAGCAUUAUCCAGGAGCAGGCAUCUAUCAUGUCUAAACAUCUCGCUAAAUCUGAGAGACCGAGGACUCUGAAUGAUCAUUUUAAAUCUAGCAGGGAAAGCAUUGUCUCAUCACCAGCUGAGCUUGCUGUCUGAUAUGGUUCUUGAUGUUCAGGGCGUAUGCAAUUAACAAGCCUGACGAAACAAAGACUGGCGAAAUUGUUCGCGAUUUGAUGAGUUGAAUAUCGGCAAGUUUGUAAACCUCCGUACACAUUUCUUAAUUAGCCUAUUUAAGAAGGCAAUAGCAUGUAUUUUUUUUUUUUUUUUUGCUAGUAGUAUUUUCAAUGUAAUUAUCUUUCUUUCCUAAUGAGUAUGCUUCGAUGCUUUUAGUGAACUUCCUUUUUUU